GUAAAUAUACACCACAAUUUAAGUAAACGAAAAAAAUGCAACGCUUGUGGACAUGUCGCCUGACAGAGGUUUAUCCAAUCAGCGUUCAGAUUCAUGGCUCGGAAGUGUUCAACAUGUUGUCGCCCUGUCGUCCUCUCUAGGUAUUUGAUGCUUCUGUUCUGCGGCUCCGGGUCGUGUUUUGGUCCGGAGGUGGCAGAAAGAUGACAGCCAGAAAGUCCGGGUCGCGAUUAGAGACUGAAAUAGAGCGCUGUCGAUCGGAGGGACAGUGGGACAAGAUACCCGAACUUGUGCGGCAGCUGUCCGUGAAGCUCAUCUCAAACGAUGAUACCGGGGAACUCCUGCUGGGGGAGGCCAAACUCCAGCAGUAUCUAAAGGAAAACCCCAUCAAGCAGGGAGCAAGUCCCCGCGGGCCCCGGCCACACCUCCAGGAGGUCCGGAAACACCUGACGGUUGCACUUGAUCGGGGAAACUUAAAGCCUGAAUACAUGCAGGAGGCCAGUCUGAUCAUGGCUAAGCUGUGUUAUGUGGAGGGUGAUUACAGGGAAGCACUGAAUCAGUAUGGCAGAGUGAAUCUGGACGAGCUGCAGCUGGUGGGGGCUCCGGUAUACAGACUCUCCAUGAUUGCAGAGGCUUAUGCCACCAAAGGUCUUUGCCUGGAGAAGGCGCCUUCAGCAUCCCCAUUGCUUUCCAAUCGUAUCGCAGACAGAGACCAGGAGAUCAUCACUUGUUAUGAGAAGUCUGGAGACAUUGCUUUGCUCUAUCUUCAGGAAGUUGAAAAGGCCCUCAGUGCUGGCAUUCAGAACCGCAGUCCAAAGCCUGGCCCAGUCACACAGGAACAGGAACUGGGCUACUUCCUGGAAACUGGACUUCAGAGGGCCCAUGUUAUCCUUUUCAAAAAAGGUAACCUGACCCGCGGUGUUGGCCGCUUCCGAGAGAUUCUCAGAGCUGUUGAGACCAGGACCACUCAGAACCUUCGUAUGACUAUUGCCAGGCAGCUUGCAGAAAUCCUGCUGAGAGGCAUGUGUGAACAGAGUUACUGGAACCCCCUGGAAGACCCCCCUCACCACUCCCCCCUGGACGACCCGCUUAGACACACCGCACACACCAAGGACUACGCCCUCAGCCGCCGCCCACGUAUCUACUCAGGAGAGAAUUUGUUUUGUCCACAGGAGAACACAGAGGAGGCCUUACUCCUGUUAUUAAUCAGUGAAUCUAUGGCCAACAGAGAUGCAGUAUUAAGCAGAAUCCCUGAGCACAAUAACGACCGAAUCAUCAGUCUGCAGAGCGCCUCGCUGGUGUACGACCUGUUGACCAUUGCGCUCGGCCGACGUGGACAGUACGAGAUGCUCUCAGAGUGUCUCGAGAGGGCCAUGAAGUUCGCCUUUGAAGAGUUCCAUCUCUGGUUCCAGCUCGCUCUCUCUCUGAUGGCUGCUGGGAAGUCGGCUCGAGCAGUGAAGGUGCUGAAGGAAUGUAUGAGACUGAAGCCGGACGAUCCCACUAUUCCUCUGCUGGCUGUCAAGCUGUGUAUUGGAAACCUGCAUUGGCUGGAAGAGGGUGAGCACUUUGCUAAAAUAGUGAUUGAUAUGGGUGAGAAGGCAGCUGAAUUCAGGGCUAAAGGGUAUCUGGCUAUCGGUCUGGUCUACAGUCUGAAAGCCACAGACGCAUCUCUUCGAGGAAUGCAGGAAGAGUAUCAGAAAAAAGCCCUGAGUGCUUUCCAGAGGUCACAGAGUCUGUCCCCCACUGACCAUCUGGCUGUUUUCUACCUGGCAUUGCAGCUGGCUGUAUCUCGACAGAUUCCAGAGGCUCUGGGUUACGUACGACAAGCGUUACAACUGCAGGGGGAUGAUGUUCAUUCUCUGCACCUGCUGGCCUUGCUGCUGUCUGCUCAGAAACACUUCCACGAUGCUCUCAACAUCAUGGAGAUGGCCCUUAGCGAAUACCCAGAGAACUUCAUUCUUUUGUUCACAAAAGUGAAGUUGGAGACGUUGUGUCGAGGCCCCGAAGAGGCGUUACUCACCUGCAAACGCAUGCUGCAGAUCUGGAAGUCCUGUUACAAUCUCACCAAUCCCAGUGAUUCUGGGAGGGGGAGCAGUCUGUUAGACAGAGCUGUCGCCGACCGUCGCCAGCUGAACGCAAUGACACUACCUGACUUCAGUGAUCCAGAAACAGCCUCUCACACCUCUUCCUCCCUCUCGGGGUCAGAACCUGUCUCCCCUCUCUUUCCUGUUCCAUCCUUCUAUUCACCACCUCCACCCAAGACUGAAUCCAUCCAGAGGCGCAGCAGCCAUGCUUUCUGUGACCACGUUUCCCGUCGGCGCUUCUCCUCUGCCAGCAACAUUCCAGAUGAUUUCUUUCAUGGUUUUGACUCCUUUAUUGGGGUUUGUUCUGUCCAUGCCACCUCCAUUGCAGCCUCACGGGUGGAGCAGGCGCUGUCCGAGGUGGCCUCCUCCCUGCAGAGCAGCGCUCCAAAACAGGGACCCCUCCAUCCUUGGAUGACCCUCGCCCAGAUUUGGCUCCAUGCAGCGGAGGUGUAUAUUGGAAUGGGGAAGGCGGCAGAGGCGACAGCGUGUACGCAGGAAGCAGCCAACCUGUUCCCCAUGUCCCAUAAUGUGUUGUUUAUGAAGGGUCAGGUGGCAGAGCUGCGGGGAAACGUGGACGAGGCCAAGCGCUGGUACGAGGAGGCGCUGUCCAUCAGUCCCACCCACGUCAAGACCAUGCAGAGACUGGGUCUGAUAUUGCAUCAGUUGCAGAGGUACAGUCUUGCCGAGAAGAUCUUGCGUGAUGCGGUGCAGGUGAACAGCACGGCCCAUGAUGUGUGGAACAGUCUGGGUGAAGUUCUGCAAGCGCAGGGCAACGAUGCAGCUGCAACCGAAUGCUUCCUCACUGCCCUGGAGCUGGAGGCCAGCUGCCCCAUCUUACCCUUCACCAUCAUCCCCCGCUCCCUCUGAGGCACUCUGAGCCCUCACUAUCCAUAUAACCUCUGUCUCAUAGUCAUGCAUCAGCUACAGCCCAUACACACAUACACACACCCUGAAAGACCUUGAAAUUACUCUGCUGUCCUGGAAUGCCUUGCUCACCCCUUGUGACAUCCCAAGACAGAGAGAAUGAGAGAACUCAGACCAAUGGAUUUCAUAACCGUUAUCUUUUCUGUGUUGUUUCUUCUCUUUCUCUUUUUAUCCCCUCUUCCUUCCUUUUUUUCUGCUAAUAUUUUCUCUGUUUCCUUUUGCUUUUUUACACUCUACUGGUGACACCCUCCCUCACCAACUCCGCCCCCUCCGACACUCUCAUUGGCCUGUGGGGCCUUGUCGUUUUACCUAACUUUAAGAUUGGACCAAUGAGACACCUGUAAAAGCUGUUGUCAUGGUCAAGCAGGUGAUUGACACAGAACUGUCAUCAAAUCACAGUGCUUCUUUUCCAAGUCAAAUCUACAUCCUUGAGAUUGUUGUGCAUGUGUGUUACAUUAAAACACUGACACAGAGGUGGUCUUAAAGGGAUAGUUCACCCAAAAAUGAAAAUUCUCUCAUCAUUUACUCACCCUCAUGCCAUUCCAGAUGUGUAUGACUUUCUUUCAUCUGCUGAACACAAAUUCUUAGAAGAAUAUCUCAGCUCUGUAGGUCCAUACAAUGCAAGUGAAUGUGUGCCAAAAUUUUGAAGCUCCAAAAUCCACGUAAGGGUAACAAAAGUACUCCAGCUGACUCUGGUUGUUCAAUCCAUGUCUUCUGAAGCGAUAUUUUAGGUGUGGGUGAGAAACAGAUCAAUAUUUAAGUCCUUUUUCCUUCAUUUUCUCCUUCUGUUGCAUUUUGCACCCUAAUGGGCAGGGAGGAGAAUUUAUGAUAAAAAAAUGACAUAAAUAUUGAUCUGUUUCUUACCUAGACCUAUCAUCUUGUGUCUGAGCACAUGGAUUAAAAUAUUGGAGUCAUAUGGAUUACUUAUAUGCUCCCUUUAUGUGGAUUUUGGAGCUUUAAAAUGUUGGCACCCAUUCACUACAGAGCUGAAAUAUUCUUCUAAAAAUCUUCAUUUGUGUUCUGCAGAAGAAAGUUAUACACAUCUGGAAUGCCAGGUGGGUGAGUAAAUCAUGAGAUCAUUUUCAUUUAUGGGUGAAAUAUCCUUUUAACUUUCUACCAAAGGUCUCUCAUACAUGUUUGGAACAACAUGAGGGUGAGUAAAUGAUCACAGAAUGGUACUUUUUGGGUGAAUCUUUAAGUGUGUUUAAGUGUGUUUGUCUGGAUUUAACUGGACAGAGUAUUUUUUUCUUUAUAUGUGGUGAUGGCCUGGUGUGUGCUAGGUGUGUGUGUGUGUGUGUGUGUGUGUACACUUUGAAUGGAAUGCUCUACUCAAUCUGUUACAGUAGAUCCCUGUUAAACAAGUAAUAAAGGUUGUUUCUAUGCUGUUAUAUAUGGGCAGGUAUGUCACCCAUGCUAUGACUCUCAUUACGUCCCCUUCUAAAUUAAACGCUUUACUGUUUAUAUACUGUAUGUACAAAUGAAUCACCUAAUCUAAAAACAAAUAUUUAACCUUGGUUCUCUUGUUAAAAGAGAAGAUAAAUAUAGUUUUGGACUUUUCGUUUGUUUGUUUAUUUUUCCACUUGUGUCAUGAUUCAGAGGUCAGAUUUAUGAAACGUGUUAUAUUAGAUGUUUAUUUAUCUGUGUCCCAGUGGCUGUGUGUUAGACAGGUGAAGACAUAUAUACAGUUGAAGUCAGAAGUGUACAUACACCUUAGCCAAAUACAUUUAAACUCAGUUUUUCACAAUUCCUGACAUUUCAUCAUAGAAAACAUUCCCUGUCUGAGGUCAGUUAGGAUCACUACUUUAUUUUAAGAAUGUGAAAUGUCAGAAUAAUAGUAGAGAGAAUGAUUUAUUUCAGCUUUUAUUUCUUUCAUCACAUUCUCAGUCGGUAAGAAGUUUACAUACACUUUGUUAGUAUUUGGUAGCAUUGCCUUUAAAUUGUUUAACUUGGGUCAAAUAUUUUGGGUAGACUUCCACAAGCUUCUCAUAAUAAGUUGCUGGAAUUUUGGCCCAUUCCUUCAGACAGAACUGGUGUAACUGAGUCAGGUUUGUAAGCCUCCUUGCUCACACACACGCGUUCUCAGAUCUGCCCACAAAUCUCCUAUCGGAUUGAGGUCAGGGCUUUGUGAUGGCCACUCCAAUACCUUGACUUUGUUGUGCUUAAGGCAUUUGCCACAACGUUGGAGGUAUGCUUGGGGUCAUUAUCCAUUUGGAAGACCCAUUUGCGAUCGAGCUUUAACUUUCUGCUGAUGUCUUGAGAUGAUGACUUCAAUAUAUCCACAUCAUUUUCCUUCCUCAUGAUGCCAUCUAUUUUGUGAAGUGCACCAGUCCCUCCUUCAGCAAAGCACCCCCACAACAUAAUGCUGCCAUCCUCAUGCUUCAGGGUUGGGAUGGUGUUCUUCGGCUUGCAAGCCUCACCCUUUUUCCGACAAACAUAACGAUGGUCAUAAUGGCCAAACAGUUACAUUUUUGUUUCAUCAGACUAGAGGAUAUUUCUCCAAAAUGUAAGAUCUUUGUCCCCAUAUGCACUUGCAAACUGUAGUCUGGCUUUUUUUAUGGUGGUUUUGGAGCAUUGGCUUCUUCCAUGCUGAGCAGCCUUUCCCAAAAGGACUUGUUUUACUGUGGAUAUAGAUACUUGUCUACCUGUUUCCUCCAGCAUCUUCACAAGGACCUUUGCUGUUGUUCUGGGAUUGAUUUGCACUUUUCGCACCAAACUACGCUCAUCUCUAGGAGACAGAAUGCGUCUCCUUCCUGAGCAGUAUGAUGGCUGCAUGGUCCCAUGGUGUUUAUACUUGCAUACUAUUGUUUGUACAGAUGAAUGUGGUACCUUCAGACAUUUGGAAAUUGCUCCCAAGGAUGAACCAGAUUUGUGGAGGUCUACAAUUUUUUUUUUCUGAGGUCUUGGCUGAUUUCUUUUGAUUUUCCCAUGAUGUCAAGCAAAGAGGCACUGAGUUUGAUGCUAGGCCUUAAAAAACAUCCACAUGUACACCUCCAAUUCAGUAAAGACUUGACAUCAUUUUCCAAGCUGCUUAAAGGCACAGUUAACUUAGUGUAUGUAAACUUCUGACCCACUGGAAUUGUGAUAUAGUCAAUUAAAAGUGAAACAAUCUGUCUGUAAACAAUUGUUGGAAAAAUUACUCAUAUCAUGCACAAAGUAGAUGUCCUAAACAACUUGCCAAAACUAUAGUUUGCUAAUAUGAAAUCUGUGGAGUGGUUAAAAAAUGAGUUUUAAUGACUUCAACCUAAGUGUAUGUAAACUUCUGACUUCAACUGUAUGUAUUCCAUGUAUGUAUGGUGUGUGUACCUGAGGGAAGAACAUGGAGGGUGUUUGACUGUUACAGGCCAAAUUCUCAUAUCAAACUCAUACACUAUCAGACACUAUCUUUAUAAUUGUCAGAGGGACUUCAGACAUGUGAAAGAGAGAAAGAGAAAUGUUGUAUAUGUGUACAUGUCUUACCAUGUCAUUCACAGUGACAAACAACUGGAAAAGCUGUUUUAUGACGUAAAUAAAUAAUAAAAAAACAA